GCCUUGUGUCUGACCGCCGUCAUUGCUGCACAAAACCCGGCAGCGGAAACACGACGGAGCCAAGCACGCAAGCGAGGCCACGACCAAGCACGAGCCGCCACCGACAGACGAGACCAACAAGGACCAUGGCAGCUGACUGCGUCAUGGCAGCGACGAGUACCAGCUGCAGCUACCACGCUGCAGCGAGCAAGGCGAAACGCGUCCAGUUUACGACCGAGACCACAUACUACUUUGACGUUGCGUACGGCGGUAGCGCGCUCCCGAGCGAGAGCGGACCGCCCAUCGGCCUUGCGCCCAACCAUUGUCACCGAACGACGGCCGCUGUCGCCGCGUCAGCCACGAAGCGUCGCCACGUGCGCAAGUUCGACCACCUCGAGCGCAUCGAGCUCCUCAAGGCCGCCGACUACCACGUCAAGGAGAUUGCGCAGUUCUGCUUUGAGGCGAUGGAUGUUCGCAACUCGCGAAAAGACACCCGCGCGCGCCUUGAUAAGAUACGAAGGCGCGCUGCCGCCCGGCGUGUGCUGCUUCGGCAUCGCCCACGCAUGAUGCAGCCACUCAUGCGCGAGAGCGACUCGUCCGACACGUACAGCAGCGAGGAAGACAAUGACGACAGCAGCAGCGACAGCAGCGACGACGAUAUGGACGCUUAGCGCUGCAACAACUAAUUAUCGAAUACGCUAUAUACUCCUGGGAAUCAUGCACCGACACGAGUGGUUGGCCCCAGCACAGCCAA